AUGCCACGCACUCUCCUCAUCACCCUUGACGCCUUCGGCACACUCUUCCAUCCCCGCGAGCCCAUCGCCGAGCAAUACGCCUCUGCCGCCGUAGCAUUUGGCCUCCCCCACUCCCUCAUGACGCCAGGCCGACUCCAACCAGCCUUCAAGGCUGUAUUCAAGGCUCAGUCGCAAUCACACCCGAACUACGGCCGCGAACAGGUCCUCCGCGGGGAAUAUGGUGGACCGCGGCAAUGGUGGGAGGAGAUUAUCCGGGGAAGUCUCAAGUGGGCAAUGAACAACGACAGCGACCGCAACACUGGAAUGCAGACGCAGACACCUAGUGGUCAGGAUGGGAAGCGAAUUCUCCAACAAUGGGAAAUGCAGCGUACGCUGCUUGAACAGCAGAAUGAGCGGCGUUUGGCCUUACUUCGUGAAAAGCGGGAGGAGGCCCAGAGGAAUGUCAAGCGGGCAAUGAUAAAUUACAGUAACGGCGACUCUGGAAUACAGACACAGACACAGACGCAUGGUGGCCAGAAUGGGGAGACUCUCCAAGAAAUUGAUAUGCAGCUUAUGCUGCUUGAGCAGCAGAAUAAGCGGCGUAUGGAUAUUCUUUCCUGCCAGUCCCCGAUAUCUGGGCAACAGCAGACUUUACCACCAGACACAGACACAGACGCCUCAUCCAACGACAGCAGGGAGGAUACGCAGAAGAUGGCCAAGACCAAAGACUGCCUGUGGCCUUCCCCGAGUGCUGGUGAUGCGAUGGCUCAGGGUCAUGUCAUGCCCGACAUCCCCGAUGCGCUCGUUCAGCAUCUCUUGCACCGGUUUUCCAGUCGAGAAGGGUAUUCGUUGUUUCAUGAUGUGGAGCAGUUCUUUACCUUGUUGGGACGCCUCAAGGAAGAAAGGGGGGGAUAUUUUGAUCGGAUCGUGGUCGGGGUGGUUUCCAACUCGGAUGAUCGGGUGCCGGCGGUGUUGGAGUCGUUGGGGUUGAAGGUGGGGAAAUACAGGGCUGAUGAAGGGAUGGGGUUGCCUGGGUUUGAGGAGAGAGGAGAAGACAGGGAGAGUUCAAAUGGGGAGUCUGAAUCUGAAGGGAUGAAUGAUAUCGAUCUUGUGGUGACAAGUUAUGAGGCCGGCGAGGAGAAACCCGGCCGGCGGAUCUUUGACAUUGCUAGACGACUGGCGGAGCAGAUUCUUGGGCAUGAUGGUCCGUCGGAAUGGACGUUGGUACAUGUGGGCGAUGAUCUGCGGAAGGAUUAUCAUGCUGCCGUGGAUGCAGGAUGGACGGGGUAUUUCCUGCCUAGGAAAAACACUUCUCAGGAUCUAGAGGGGGUGAAGGUGAUUCAUUCCCUGGUGGAGUUAAUAGCCAUCCUUCUGGAAGAAUAUAAGUAG